UUGUGUAGCUGAAGUUCUUCCACUAGCCAAAUAAAACCCCCAACCUUUCGCAGUCCCUAAAUUCACUUUCCCUGACCUUCAAGGCUUCAGCCACCACGAUGGCCUUGACCAGCACGCUACGCCAACGCCUCUUCUCCCGGACCUUCUCAACCCACGCAGGUCCCAGCCGAUGGGCGACGCCAGGUCACCAGGAGCGACCCAAUGGUUACCUCUUCAACAGGAACCCACCACCUCCAGGCCAGUCUCGCAAAUGGGAAGAUUGGGAGUUACCUAGCUACAUCACAAGCUUCCUCACCAUCGUCAUCCUUGGUGUCGGCCUCAACGCCAAGCCCGAUCUUUCUAUCGAGACUUGGGCCCACCAAAAAGCCCUUGAAAAGCUCGCCGCCGAAUCGUCUUCUUCUGACUGAGAUGUUUGGUGAUCCACUUUAAUCUGGGUCUAUUGGGUGUGGACUGUGGGAACUCUCUUGUUUUUCUGUUGUUAAUAAAAUGUGUAGUUCAAAUAAAAAAUGGGUUUUUUUUUAAUUGUUGAAGGAUUUAUAGUUGUUAAAUUUUAUGGGUUUUUAAUUGGAUUUAUGCUAUCGAUGAUGAUGAAGUCAUUGGCUUAUUUGGGAUUACAGUCUAAUAUUUACUUAUCGAGCUUUAAUGGAUUUUGAAUUUAGUUUGCUUAA